GAGGGAUGAGUAUAAAAGCUUUGCUGUGGAGAAUUAGGAAAUAUUCCUCGAGAGGAAAUCCUCAGAGAUAUUUUCCAAACUCCACGCUGCGUAAUUAUCUCUCCCGGCGGAUAAACGAGCCCCAGGAUGAGGAGCCUCCUUCAGUUUGUGGCGCUCGGUGCAGCCGUCUGUCUGUGUGUCUGCUACGAUUCUCAUGAAAGCACAGAAUCCCUGGAAGAUUUGUUUGUGCCUCCAAACCAAGCCAACUCCUUCAUCACGCCGCAGAGGGGCAACGUAUACAACCCGCCCAGACGGAACGGAGCGGGCUAUUACAACUUCAUGAGGCCGACCAAGUCUCCAGCCGAGCGGCGCGCCGAGACCUGCGAGGACUACUCGCCCUGUCGCUUCUACGCCUACCGCCACGGCUUCCAGCAGGCCUACCAGAGAUACUUCGGCGCCCGAGUUCAACCCCAAAGACCGGCCGGAGCUCUGCGAUACUAAAAACCAGAAUCGUCUUUAUCGUCCUGUACGCAGCAUAUCGCAGUUUUAUAAUUUAUGUCGUUGUUUUUGUGGUUCUCUUCUGGCUGAAGAAGAAAACACGUUUUUUAAAAUAAAAACAUCCAACAUCACAACAAACCCGUCGUUGUACUCGUGUAGAAAUUCACGGCUCGUCUUUUUUACAUUUUUUAUACUCUCAGGAUGAUUUUUAUCUGCUAUUAUCACACCUUCUCUGCAUUUAAGAGCUUUAUGGAAUAUGCAUGAAUCAUCUUUGUUAUCCGGGCCGACGCUGUCUGUCAGUGAUUAUUUGCUUUGAACAAAAUAAAUAAAUAAAGUUCCCUUUGUUGGGUUUGGUCUUAA